AUGCGUGCCAAAGAGAGAAACUCAAGUGCACGUAACGAAGAGAAAGCCCAGUCGAUGCUCUAUCGCUUUCGCGAGGCACAGGCUGCCGAGCUAGGCUUGAUUCGAAAGAAAGAGAGAAGACCAGGAAUGGCAUCGACUGUGACAUCUGUAGGCGAGUGUGAGCGAUGGCGUCGCGAAGUUUUAGGCGAUGUUUCUCGCAAAGUUUCCAAGAUUCAGGAUGUGAGCUUGUCGGAUUACCAGGUUCGCGAUCUAAACGAUGAGAUCAACAAGUUGAUGAGAGAAAAAUACCAUUGGGAACGGAGGAUAAGAGAUCUUGGUGGUGCAGACUAUACAAGAUCAGCACCAAAAAUGUUGGAUCACGAAGGCAAAGAAGUCCCAGGAAACAGAGGAUACAAGUACUUUGGAAGAGCAAGAGAUUUGCCAGGUGUCAGAGAAUUGUUUGAGCAAGAAGCUCCCGAACCUGCAUCUCGUUCACGGUCAGAGAUCUAUCGUAACAUUGAUGCAGAUUAUUACGGAUACCGUGAUGAAGAGGAUGGUGCGCUUGUAGAAUAUGAAGCAGAGCAAGAACAGGAUCUUGCAGAACGUGCACUACGGGCUGCAGAAGAACAAGAAAAGAAGGAAGAGGAUGAUGAAAAAGAAAAGGCAGAAGAAUUGGAGCAAUUGAGAUCAGAAUCUGCUGUACCUGAUCAAAAGGACAUUGAAGCUUAUCUUGUAAACCGACGACGACAGCAGCUGCUGGACAAGUACGUGUCAGAGGACUUACAGCAAAACGAGCAAGAAACAAAGGAACUCACAGGCCAGAAAUAAUAAAAUACACAAAACACACACACACACAUACAUACACAUACACUUUUUUUUGGAGUCACCAUCUGAAUCAUCUGGUUUAUUUGAAAUACCUAGCAAUCAAGGGAGUUUAAUAAAGAAGUUGGGC